AGGCCUCCCGCCACCGGUCUGUGUCAGUGUUCGGCUCCGCGACAGACCCCCGCCGCACCUACCAUGGCCGCCCCAAGAAGCAGCACACUCGUUGUGCCGGCCCUGCUGCUGCUUACACUGUUGGCACUGAGCCCCGGCAGCAGGACGGAGGGCGCCGCUUCCACGGCAAAGCCUCAGGGCGGCAAGGGCGCGGCGGCGAUGCUGCGGUGGAUGGGCCGGGAGAUGCCGGAGCUGGCGAUCAAGCUGGUGAGCUGCGUCAAGAAGAGCGAGCGGGACGCGCGGGACUCCAUCAUGAGCCUGUUCGGCGACGUGGCCAAGUGCUUCGACGACGCCAAGGGCUCCGUGCUGUACACCGCCGAGUGCAUGCUCAAGAACGGCGUGCCCAGGAUCCUGAACGUCAUCACGGUGGCGCACAAGGUGGCGGCGUGCACCGUCAAGAACAAGAAGGAGGGCCGCCUCUGCGUCACCGUCACCAACGUCAACGACGAGGCCUGCCCCUUCGCCAUCGGCCUGUGAAAACGUGCAAAUAAAUGUGCCAAUAAAGAGAAACUUGCGGAA